AUGUCGAAGGAAAAUGUUCUUGUUGCUGGGGACGUCUCCGCAACCAGCCGCACUACUACAAUACAACACACAAAUUUGCGAUCAAUCUCACCAGAAUCCUUCACUGAUAAACACUUGACAUCUUUGCCUUGGAUUCUGUACCAUAUUCUGGAAAAACAGCCAUCCGAUGAACUACCUCUCCGAAUAAUGUUUACAUUCAACGCAGGGCAACAACUCCCUACGCUAAGACAAGCUCAUCAAUGGUGGCAAUAUGAGCCCUCGGGCCAGAAGAUCAUCGAGUUUCUGUCCAAAACUCGUUCGACUAGUGUGGAUUGGAAGAAGGAAAUGGAAGGAAACUCAUCUGAACAAGCAAAUGCUUCAGAAAUUGACCAAUUUUUGAACGCAAACCACAAACUGUUGUGGGAUCUAAGUAACUAUGGUGAUUCCGCGAGUCCUUGCAGUCGCGUCAAAGGCUUUCCAGUGCAAUUCAUUCUGCAUGUGUGCCGGCAUGUAUUUGCAAAAGAGUACCAAUCUGUCGAUUUCACUCAAGCACUAACUUGCAUUGACUACCUUCGCGACCUUGAGUGUACGAGAAGAUCGGCCUUGCGCGACGCUGCGCUUCGACUAGGCAUUGAGCGGGGGAAUUGGAGAACGAUUCUAGCGGAUGAACCAGAAGCAUAUCACUGGGUCUCUGCCGUCCAGAAACAGGAGCUUGUAAUUGAGGCUUCAUACGCCGCCAUUUUCUUGGAUCUGCGGAUAUGGACCAUGAUAUAUGAGCUCAAAUCCGAACCUUUCUACAAGCCUAACGUUCUAGCGAUGCUGAAUACUCUUUUCCCGCCAAGCAUGAAAGAUAUGCCCAAUGACAAGGUAGAUAUCAGAACACUGGAAAAGUACCGCGCGACCUUUUACAAAUAUAUUCUUACUGUGGACAAAGAGGGCACAGGCAUUCUUAAAGAAUUUGUCCAAAAACUCCUUGUUCCUGGAACCAAGCAUAGCUGGCCAGAGACUAGAAGACACUUGGAAGAGUAUAUUACAUUGGCAGAGGUCAUGAUCAAGGAGGCGAAAGCUGUUGAUGGAAUUGACUUCUUCCACGAUUCUUCCUCAGUGGGCCACUCUAGAACAAUCAGUAAUGCCUGCUCUGCAUUUUCAGAUCGUCCCGCCUCGGCCAGCAGCGCAAAUACCAGCUACGACGACCAUCGGUUUUCUGCACAUUCGGCUAGCGGUCCCAGUGCCGCAAAAGACGACAACAACAUCAGCAACGCCGCUCUGAAAUGGGAGAGCCACUUUCUUUUCGACCCAGACAGUAAAUUUGAAUCCCCUCCCAACCCGGCCUUGUCAUCCAAAGAUUCCGUUAAGAAGACUCGUCUCGCGUUGAAAACGGAUGGUUUUGGCGGCGCAGCUGAACCUUCGAUCAAUUCACCUUCAACCGAUCCAAAAACCGACUUUUCAUCUAAAGCCUCACUUUCUUCAAUCCGAAUUCCGGUCCCAGUACUUUCUGCAACCGAGACACACUCGACGACACAUUCAAAUCCAACAACAGACAGCGAAAUGCGCGCCAUCAGACGUGCCAUAUCUCGAUCGGUGCAUCCUACAGCAGACCCAGUGAAUAGUGGGGAUUUCGAUACCUCCCAAAGUGAACAUGUUUCUUCAAUGGUUAUCUCUGAACAUGGAUCAAAACAAGGGGAUCUUGACUUUCUUUCCCGGCCUUAUCGAGCAAACCAUUCCCUAUCACUCGAACCGGCGGGAACGACAAAGCGCAAAAAGAGCUUCAGUGAUAUGUUGCUCCGUCGGAAACAAUCAGUCUCAAGAGAACACUCUCCAUUCUACAGUAGAAGCUCUUCCGAAAGCUCAGGAACCGAACCCAAUCGUUUAAGAAAGCUGAAGAGCACCAGUAACAUCGACAAGGGACAGCGAGCUGGAGCCUGGAUUGAUAGUCAGGAUGCUUCACUUUUGGAACAGCCAAUAUCAGCAGACAGAACACGAAAGCUUAACAAAGAUGAGAAGGUCGGCUCGCUUCCAGGUAUGAAAGCCAGAAAAUCCUUCUCGCUCGGUCGAUCUCGAACUCCCAAGUACCUCGACAUAUCUAAAGCUUCCCCCUCGGAAGAUUCACUCAAAACUCCCAAAACGCCGACGUUAUUCAGUCGACCGAAGACUCCUACAUUUUUCAGUCGCCCUAAAACUCCAACACAUGAUAUCGAACAGCCCUUUCCUACUCUAGGCAGUGCUGGCUUGGUCGGCUCGGACGAUUCUGAUCACACGAGGAGUUCCGCGCUACCCAUACCCUUGAGGAUCAGGAAAAGAAUGAGUCGAGGGAAAUUGAGUCCAGAGAUGGAAAAGGAAAUGGAUAUCGAGAGGGAAAGACAGUGGUUGAUCGAGAACAGUCUGAGAGAACGAAGUCGGAGUCGGGAGAGGUCGAAGGCUGGCGAGGAAGAAGAAGUGAAGAAACUCGAGCCAAAUAGCCCAGAGAGAAGAAAUGGGAAAAAGCCUAUGAUAUGGCAAGAUGGUGGACAGAGCGGAAAGGCUAGCGGAUGGGUAGAGUUCGAGAUGCCGAGAGAGGUUCCACCCGUUCCUCCACUUCCGCCAAAAAGUGCUUUGAGAGGCACAAAAUAUUAUUAG